AUGGUCGAGGUCGCGAUUCUUUCUCCGGAAGGCUUCUCGAUCUCUGACAAUGAAGUACACGGGCAUAUCUCACCUGAGCACUCGUUUCUUCUUUCUGACAUACUUGGUUCCGGCAUCACGCUGCGAUCAAGCUGCCACUUUGUGUCUAACAGUUGCCGCAGACAAGAGGCCCCUGAAAAGCGCAGGCUCUUGCACUGCAGGCUCGACGUUGCCAUCUAUGCUCCGCAUUCCAUGUUGCAAGAGAUCAAGGAGUGGUCUGAGCAUAACGAGGUGUAUCUACAGGACCCCGCGUUCUGCUUCCAAGAUGCGAGAUACUGCAACCCGCAGCGACUCUCGCUACACUAUGGCACGCCACGCAUGGUGUCUCAAGUGCUGACACAGUUUUCUGAGCACAAGAUGCGCCUGCGAGACAUUACAGACGACGACAACUUUUUGGAUAAAUACUUGGCCUCCAAAACUGCGCUGCCGGAGACUGAGCAGCCGUCGGCAGUUAAAACAGCCUUGAAAAGUCACCAAAAGCAAGCUCUCACGUUUAUGCUUCGGCGAGAAAUGGGAUGGGCUUUUCACGGCCCCGAGAUCGAUAUCUGGGCCAUUCGCGACAAUGCUAAUGGUCGCUUUUACAUUAACGCAGUGUCGGAAAGCGGAAGCAAGGAGCAGCCACCCGCGUUCCAUGGCGGCGUCAUCGCCGAUCCUAUGGGGCUUGGAAAGACUCUUACAAUGAUUGCGCUAGCUGCGACAGACCUGACGAAAUCGAUUGACAACAGAGAAAUGACAGGUGUACACUCUAGCUACUCAAGAUCUGUUUCGGCGACGCUCAUUGUUGUGCCACCCCCGCUUCUAGGAGUGUGGGAGACCCAAAUGUCAGAACACGUUUUCGACGGGGCAUUGAGAUUUACGCGACAUCAUGCCAAAUCCAGGGUCACCUCCAUGAGCGCCUUGAACGACGUUGACGUGGUGCUGACAACGUACCACACGGUGUCGGCAGAGUGGUCCGAGACAGGCAAAUCUUCUUCCGCUUUAUUUUCUGUAAAAUGGAAGCGGAUCGUGCUGGAUGAAGCCCAUGUCAUCCGCAACGAGUCAUCACGCAUGUCCAGAGCGAUGUGCGCUUUGGAAGCCGAAUGCAGAUGGGCCGUGACUGGAACCCCCAUUCAAAAUCAUCUCAACGACUUGGCUGCUUUGCUGAAGUUUAUUCGCGCCUACCCCUACGCGUCGAGAAGGCAGUUUGAAGCCGACAUCUCCGAUUACUGGAAAGAGGGCAAGGCCCAAGAGGCGGCUGGCAGGCUCCAGCGUCUGUCGUCAUGCUUGUUCUUGCGGCGGCCCAAAUCUACCAUUCAACUUCCCCCAAGAUACAACAAGGAAUUUCCGAUCGACUUUACGCCGCAGGAGCGGGAAGAAUACGAUUUGAUCAAAAAUCGGGCGACAUCUGCCAUUGAUGACGCACUGCAGCAGGGCCAUGCAUCCCAGCGGUCCGGGGCGUACGCGAAUAUCUUGCAGCAGAUUGACGCACUGCGACUUUUCUGUGGGCUCGGACUGCAUUAUCAUACAAGGCACGACGAGCGGUCGAUUGCAUCCCAGCACACGGUCUCGUGGAAUUCUGUCGCACAGAAGAUGUUCAAGUUGCAUCUGGAAAUGGGUUCUCUGCAGUGCUCGCAAUGCCAUGCGACGAUUGAUCUGACGCAGACCAUGUUUGACGACUCCAACGCGGGAAGAUCACUGUUCUCGCGAUGUCUUCGGUUUGUAUGCGCCGAAUGUGCGGCCAAGCUUUCCAAGGGAGGCAUCGCCAUGCCGUGUGGACACACGCCGUCGUGCCCUGCUGCGCAAGUUUCGACGAGCAUUGACGCCAUGGACCAGGCUGCGGACGAGGUUCAGAUGGCGACGCUUCCAUCGCAGAUGCCUUCCAAAAUUGUUGCUUUGAUAUCAGACCUCAAGUCACAGCCAGCAGGUGUAAAAUCGGUGGUAUUCUCUAGCUGGCGACUUACACUGAAUGUUGUCGCGGCCGGGCUGCAACAGACUGGCAUUCAAUUUCUGCGCUACGACGGCAGUAUCGCGCAAAAGACUCGACACGAAACUCUUGAGCUCUUCAAGACAGAUCCGUUGACGCGCGUUUUGCUGCUGACGUUUUCUUGCGGCGCCGUUGGGCUCACGCUAACAGAGGCGUCGCGGGCCUAUCUUCUAGAACCGCACUGGAACCCCACAAUUGAAGAACAAGCGCUGGGCAGAAUAUACAGAAUCGGCCAGGAGAAAGAAGUGACGACGGUCCGGCUCUUUGUUCGAGACUCUUUUGAGACGCACGUUAUGAACGUUCAGCAGUCGAAAAAAGAUCUCGCACAGGUGAUUCUCGCGCCGCAUGACGGAGGGCUAGCGGACACGAGCCUCGAAAGAUUGCAGAAAUUACGCUCCUUGCUAUGA